GUCGGGACCACUAUGGCCGGUGUGCAGAAUGAGGAUGGGAAAUUUCGCAUCUACUUCCAGAACAAAGACUACCAGAUCUGCGAAAUGUCGUUGAACGACCCAAACAACACGACCCAUACCAUCCUCAAACUCACCACUGGUGCUAUGCCCGCUGCCCGCAUCAACACGCCAAUCGCAGCCGUGUCGUGGGACAACUUGCGACAGAUCCGCGUGUAUUAUAUCACUGUGAACAGUCAGGUCCAGGAGAUUUCCUACACCCAGGGCGUUGGUUGGCACAAAGACGCGCAUUUGGGUGCUGCAGUUGACAACAGCACUUGUUUGUAUGCGCAGCACCAAAACAAGGAGCCCUACAUGAGGGUUGGGUUCCAGUCUUCUGUUGCUGCUCAGACUAUCACCGAAGCUUGUUACUAUCAGAGUGGAUGGAAGACGCGUGUAUUCUAAAUGUCAGAGUACAUUC